AUGGAGGUGAUGUUCGACAUGUCGAAGAAAGAGCAGGGCAAUCCGUCCAACAACUACAAGAAGCUGCAUCGGCGCAUCAAGCAGGAUUACAAGGUCUCCACCAACAAGGAGGUCAUCAACAUAGAGAGGCUGCGAGUCGCCAACCUCGUGAUCUUUGCGGGGCCUCGGGAAAUGUUCACCGUCGAUGAGUUUACAGCGCUGAAGGACUACCUGGCAGAUGGUGGCAGCAUUCUCUUCCUGGUCGGUGAGGGUGGAGAAGGCAAAAGCAACACCAACGUGAACUAUCUUCUGGAGGAGUUCGGUAUGAGCAUCAACAACGAUGCUGUGGUCCGAACGGUUUACCACAAAUACCACCACCCCAAGGAGUGCCUCAUCACGCACGGCACCAUUUGCCGCGACUUAGUUCGAGCGGCUAACGGUGAGAAGAAGAAAGAGAAGGAAAACAAUGACAAGCUUGCUCUCAACAUCACGAAGGAGGAUGCGGAGACAGUAACCCUUGCGAAGGAUGACGGCGGCCUGGAGUUUGUGUUCCCUUAUGGGGCAACGCUGAACGCGCAGAAGCCCGCAGUUCCCAUCCUAUCUUCUGGGAAGCUUGGCUGCUGUAUGACGACAUUCGAAGACACAAAGACGACUUGA